AUGAAGACAUCAGCGGCGGUUCCAAAUGCGAUAUUCGGACAAAACAGUUUUAUGAUUCGAAAUGUGGUCGAAGAUCAGGGAAAAGUGGUUUUCAUAUGUCUCAUCACAGUGUUAUUCUCCAUUUUACCAGUUGGAUACAAUAUCGUUUUACUGAAUGUUCCAGAAAAAGUAAUACAAAGUUUUGUUUUCGAUAACUUUGAAAAUAUAUUUGGGCUGAAAUUAAGUCCGACGGAGGAGAGUUUGGUUUGGGCACUUACAGUAUCCUCGCAAGGAGUUGGUGCUUUAAUAGGAUGUAUUCUGGUGGCUCCCAUGUCUAAAUUUGGAGCUAAACACGUGCUGAUGUGUUAUAACAACGUCAUUCUGAUUGUCGGUUCCUUACUUAUGUUUGUAUCUUACUGGAUGGCUUUUCCAAUUGCAUUUAUAACGGGCAGAAUUUUGACGGGAGUUUACACUGGACUAGCAUGCGCAUUUGCUCCAUUAUAUCUCCAACAAAUUAUUCCAAAAAACAUCAAAGGAUCGAUGAGUUGUUUUUUGCACAUUGCCGUUUGUUUUGGCUCAUCUCUCGGAGCAAUAUUUUCUCUUCCAUUCAUGUUUGGCUCAGAUACCACGUGGCCAAUUUUGGUGGUCUUACCUGCGGUUCUAGGUCUUAUCAUGCUCUCCGCCUCGUACUUCAUCCCAGACACACCCAAUAAUCUUCUCCAAUUGGGACGAUACACAGAAGCAAUAGAAAGUAUCAAAUUCUAUUACGAUAUAGAAGAUAGUGACGAGGAUGAGAUUAUCAAAGAGUACUGGGAUAUGGUACCAGAAAUGCCAGAACAACUUUCCCUUUGCUCUGCCUUCAUGAAUUCUUCAAUCCGACGAGGUAUUCUCCUUGGAAUGGUUGUUAGUGCUACUCAGAUCUUCUCUGGAAGCAUGGUGUCGAUUUCCUACUCCACAGAAAUGUUCUCCGCUGUUUCUUUUGUGGAUAUCCUAGUUCCAUUCCUUCCGGCGCUCGGAUCCAUAAUCUCUAUUCUUCUAACUAUCCCAGCUCUUCGCUGGGUGGAGACACGUGGUCGGCGACCGCUUCUUCUCAAAACCCUGAUGUUUUGUAUAGCUGCAAAUGUAUUUUUGUUGAUGUUUACAUUGUUAUCCGGUGAAAAAUCUGGAUGGGCAUCGUGGGGAUUCGCCGCGGCAUUUUUCAUGUAUGGAGUUGGCUAUAAUUUGGGAGUUGGACCAGUUGCAUAUUUUUUACCGGCAGAACUGGUACCUCCAGAAGCCGCCAGUGCUAGUUUAGGAGCCGCCGUAGCUGUCAACUGGAUUUGUACUAUUACAACUACCCUCUUCUACUAUCCAUUGAGUAAAACAAUCGGAGGAUGGAGUUAUCUCAUUUUCAUUAUCCCAACAUCUUUGUUUUCAAUGAUUUUAUGGAGGUUACUACCGGAAACUAAGUUUCAUUAUAAGAUUGAUCCAUUGGAAAUUCGACUUCUCACCGAUUUGGGACCAUCCAUAGCACCAAAUUAUGGAACUUUAGACUUAGAUGAGCCAACGUUGUUUUAA